GCUCAGCCCACUCGUCGUCCUAAUGGUCUACGCUGCCCUACCCCCGUUUCAAUGAAUGUACGAUGCCAAUUCUACGAACAUACGAGAUCCGUUUCCGGACGGUAGUAUCAUCGCUGCUACCUGACAUUGUGCAGUGCUUUGCUCUCGAGUUUCCAGAGUCCGCCGCGACAAACCUCAGCUCAUCUCCACGUAAAUAAUCGGUGCCAAUCACCAUCGUCGCAGACGGAUGUAGUCCAGCCGCAUCUCGAUAGCUUCUUCUGGGGAUCCUGGCUACCAAUUGUGGCAGCUUCGCACGGCUUCAUGGGACUGGAUAACGCGUCAGCCCGGCACCGGUGCCGUUCAACUUGCAUACAGAGCUGUAAGGCUCACGAACGUCACUUCCGGACCUCCGGACUGUCCAAGGCCAGCACCAGUCCCUAUGGCAAUACCGCCCGGAAAGCGGGACGCAGCAUCACAAGCUGGUUAUGUGCAGUACGUCCACUUCAACUAUGUGCACAUGUGGAUGGCGGGAGCCAGUGCGGCAGCGACGUUGACAAUGACGGCGAUAUACCUUCCCACCGCGUCCCUAUGCGCGGGAGGUAUCGCGUACGCUCUAGGACGUGCUAUUCAGCUGCAUGUCGAGCAGGAGGCUGAUGAUUCGCUCCGCACAAUGCGCCGAGUUCGCGAAGUGCUCAUGAAAUCUAGCAAGCCCGACUUCAUAGCACGUCAUCCUCCUAAAAUCAUUUCGUCCGAGCACCUCGAACACUCGUCAUCUGUGCCCCCAGCUCCGAUAGCGGAGAGUAUAUUUGCCCUGUGCUUCCAGCUCGUCACGACCUCCCGGUCAAUGAAUAGCAUGAGCACCUUUCUGGAACGUGACCUCCUCUCAAGUGGUAUUUCGCGUCGGGACGCGAACAUGGCUAUCAGCUUCCUCGCAAGUGCACUUGAUCGCAGCGUAUGGAAUGACGACGUGCUGCCUAGCUCAAUCGCCUCCGUGUUAGCGGUUCUGAGAUACUCCAGGAGGUCGCAUCCCCGUUCUGCCUUCUAUGGGGCACCGAUGGUGGUUCGCGUGUUCGCUCUCCUUGGAGAUUCGGUGCUCUUCGGCAUGAUAGUAGGCUCUUUCUUCUGGUUGGACGCUCCCGCCGUGGCGUAUUCUACGCUCAUGCAGAACAAGACUGCUGUGGCUGCUGUAUUGCGCGAAAAGUUCCGCACAGAGCUAGAGUCGCAGCAAGCCAUGUCCAAGUGCAAUACUGACGCUCCUCCCGUGUAAUUGAUGUUGAUAAUACCCGCUCUCGUCGCUUGUCAUGGUCCCCCAGCUUGCCUUGUAGUCUACACUGUGUCUCAUGCUCUGCUAUCGCUUACGCCGUG